GUGAACGAAAUUUCCGAUUGUAACUCACAACUCAACAAAUUUAAUAAAAAUCAGCGAAAAAUGAGACGCGUAUUUUUGCAAGCUCAGAAAAACAACUAAAUUAUCAACUUCAGCGUAAUUAAGAAAAUGUAAUCUGUAGUAAAAGUGGAGGAAAAUAGCAAGAGUGGGGAUUGAUAAUGUGUAUAAAUGGGAGAUCACCCGCAAGAGUUAUAACAGUCCUCAACAAAUUGAAGAUCACAGUCAGUCCUCAACACUUAAGAAAAAUAUAUAUAAACAACAAAAUGGAGCAAUUUGUCAUAUGCCCGUUUGACAGAAGCCAUAGGCUUCUUGAGAGCCGAUUGAAGCGCCAUAUUUUUAAUUGUCAUCGUGAGGCCUGGGAGCGGGAGAGAUGUCUUCGUGAGGCUGCUUCCAGAGCAUCCCAUACGCCACCAUCACCACCACCACGAGCACCACCACCACCACCGCCAAUAAUAGAAUGCCCAGACAACUGGGAUAAUGAAAUUAGUCAAACGUACGUCCCCUCCAUGAGUAGGGAGCUGCUUCUGGACAGAACGGCAAUCAAUAAUUAUAAGUCAGUUUUUAGAAGAAAAUAAUAAAAUAAUUAUAGUAA